AUGUCAGGAAGAGGUAAAGGCGGGAAAGGACUCGGGAAGGGAGGCGCCAAGCGUCACCGUAAAGUUCUCCGCGAUAACAUCCAGGGAAUCACCAAGCCCGCUAUUCGCCGUUUGGCGCGCCGUGGCGGAGUGAAACGUAUUUCCGGCCUGAUCUACGAGGAGACUCGCGGUGUUCUCAAGGUAUUUCUGGAGAACGUCAUCCGCGAUGCUGUCACCUACACCGAGCAUGCUAAGAGAAAGACCGUCACCGCCAUGGAUGUGGUGUACGCGCUGAAACGCCAGGGCCGCACCCUGUACGGCUUCGGCGGUUAAACACUCCAACGGCUAACGAAGCGAAUACAACGGCUCUUUUAAGAGCCACCCACAUCUCCAGCAAAAGAGCCAGCCAAUUUUAAGU